CUGAAAGUAGUAGAACUACUUUGACCUUGUUUCCCCAUGGUUUCAAUGUGCUGUGAACUGUUGAAUUAACUUGUUGGUUGAAAUAAUGGGCUCUUUGGUGAAACAGGUUCAUCUGAUUGGCAGAGUAGCCAAACAUGGAUUAUGUUUUAUGUCUUCAACAGCUAGUUCUGUUCAGGGUAUGUCAUUUGAACUAACCCAGGAACAGCGUGACUAUCAGGAACUAGCUCGUAAGUUUGCUCGAGAAGAAAUUAUACCAAAGGCAGCAGAGCAUGAUCGAACAGGAGAGUACCCAGUGGAGAUACUAAAAAAAGCAUGGGAAAUUGGAUUGAUGAAUACACAUAUAUCUCCCAAAUAUGGUGGUCUUGGAUUAGGUACUUUAGAUUCCUGUAUUAUUACAGAAGAAUUGGCGUAUGGUUGUACUGGUGUUCAAACAGCUUUAGAAGGCAAUUCAUUGGGAGAAAUGCCUGUUAUUCUUGCCGGUAAUGAAGAACAAAAGAAGAAAUAUUUAAGUCGUAUGAUAGAAGAACCUCUCAUGUGUGCAUAUGGUGUAACAGAACCAGGAGCUGGUUCUGAUGUUGCAGCAAUUCAAACGAAAGCAGUAAAGAAAGGUGAUGAAUAUAUUUUAAAUGGACAGAAAAUGUGGAUUACAAAUGGUGGUAAAGCUAACUGGUAUUUUAUUUUAGCUAGAACUGAUUUAGAUCCAAAAGCAUCGACAGGAAAAGCAUUUACAGGAUUUAUAGUAGAAAGAGAUUGGCCAGGUGUUAAUCCUGGUAGAAAGGAAAUCAAUAUGGGUCAAAGAGCAUCAGACACUCGAGGAAUCACAUUUGAAGAUGUACGAGUUCCAAAAGAGAAUCUUCUUGGUUCUGAAGGAAUGGGUUUUAAAAUUGCCAUGGGAGCAUUUGAUAGAACACGUCCACCAGUGGCAGCAGGUGCUGUUGGUUUGGCUCAGCGAGCUCUGGAUGAAGCUACUAAAUAUUCUCUCGAAAGAAAAACAAUGGGAAAAUAUAUCUGUGAGCAUCAAGCUGUGUCCUUUAUGUUAGCUGACAUGGCAAUGGGUGUUGAAGCUUCAAGAUUAUUAACUCACAGAGCAUCAUGGGAAAUAGAUCUUGGCAGACGUAAUACUUAUUAUGCUUCUAUGGCUAAAGGUAUGGCAGGUGAUGUUGCUAAUAAAUGUGCUACAGAUGCUGUCCAGAUAUUUGGAGGAAAUGGCUUCAACUCAGAAUAUCCUGUAGAAAAAUUGAUGAGAGAUGCUAAGAUUUUUCAGAUAUAUGAAGGAACUGCUCAAAUCCAACGACUAAUUAUUUCACGUGAACACUUGGCAAAGAUGAAACAAAAUAUGUAAAAAGGACUAAUGAGCGAUUAGAUGGGAAGAAGAACAAUAGAAUGAAUGAAAAUAAUAGAUAUGAAUAUAAAUAUAAUGGGAUGAGCAUGUUUUCCUGGUAACACAAAUAUGAAUGACCUGAUUAAUUCUAGAAGUUCAACUGUUUGUCCCUACCAGAUAAAUUAAAAUGAUUAAAGGAAAGGCUCAUGUAAAUAAGACAUUCUCAGGAAAAUACAUUAAUGAAUAUAUAAUUCUGAUAAUUACUUGUAAUAACAUGUAAUUAAUAAAAUAAGCCUUUUUGGUUUAAAACUUGAAUAA